GUCAUGAACAAUCUUCUCUUUUCACUCAUCUGCUUUUCAGGAACCUCACCACCAAGGUGGAAAGGAGUCGGAGUUGUAAUGACACCAUUCAGGAGAGAUCAAAGAGCAGGCAGAGAUCAGCCCCAGCCAACAAAACAAAGGUGCCACCCGUCACCAGCACGUCAACGCCCUUGGUUGGAGUUUUAUCAUCCACUCAAAACAACCGUUGCCUCUCCGCCCCAGACCUGACGGCAGAGAAACGCCUGGUUCUCAACCCUGUUUCAUCUCUCUCAGCCUUGCACAAACCAGAGCGAUCCAUCAGCCCCGAGAGCAACGACAGCAUCUCGGAAGAACUCAACCACUUUAAACCUAUUGUCUGUUCUCCUUGUACUCCUCCAAAAAGGCUUCCUGAUGGUAGAGUUCUCAGCCCUCUCAUUAUAAAAUCCACACCAAGAAACCUGAACCGGAGCCUUCAGAAACCGACCACCUACGAGGCCAGUCCUAGAAUACUGAAAAAAUGGGAGCAGAUAUUUCAGGAGCGUCAGAUCAAAAAGACUCUUUCUAAAGCAACUCUUACAUCCUCAGCUUCAGAGCCAGGGGAAGACGUUACCGUUCCUGACAUCACCAACUCCAGCACUUGCACUAAAGAGCAGCCACAAAUGCAGGAUGAUCACCUUCCACCUGACACAACAGGAGACCCUCGCCAAGAGCUGGAUUUCUUUCCUUCCAUCAGUGAAACAAAGCUGGGAAGAGGGAUUGAGAAGAAGAAAGAUUCACAAGCCUUAACGACAGAUGAUGGUCCUACCGAACCAGAUACCAGAUCAAACAUCACCUCCCUAAACACACGAGUCUCUGAAGUCCCUGACCUAAAAACAAACACGUUCAUGGACAAAUCCUGUCUUAGUCUUGGCCCAAAAGUGCUGAGCAGAAGACUCAUGAGUGUCAGCACGUCGCUACCUGACAACAGCACGUUGGGAAUUCCCAUUAAGACAUCGGGUAAAAAGCAGCUGAAAUACCUGAACAACAGCGAGUUGAUCAACGUGCAGAACAGCACCUGCAACUCGGUUGAGAACAUCAUCGGGGAACAGCCCCCGUCGCUGAGACGGGGACGGAAAAGACGCUGCAAAACGAAGCACUUGGAGCACAACGGUUCCGUUAAAAGACUGAGGCACGCGGCAGGGGAGGUGGGUUUCCCUCCGGAGGAUCGCUUGGUACGAGAGAUGGAGCAGAAGCUCCAACAAGAGGAGGAGGACAGGAGGUUGGCCCUACAUCUGCAGAGGAUUUUUGACAGUGAGAAUAGGACAGUGGAUAGGCGGAAAGUCAGAGUGGAUCGGUAUCUGCUGCGGUCAAAGAGCACUCUGGGUGCUAAGUAG